UAUCGAUAUCCGUGUUAAACUUAUUAAGGACGUGUCCAUAGUCUGCGAAUAGAGAAAACUUAGGUGUAUGAACAAGAAAAGAAAAGUUCAAGUAACGUCUGUUUAUGGAGAAGCAGAGUCAUAAAGUGGGGAAAGCAUAUAAAAGACGACCAACUCAAUGAUAGACUUUCAAAUCAUCAAGUAGCGGUCCAAAGGCAAUUGUUGUGUCUAAAUGUGGGAUCUUACAGUAUAGCGGUUUAAAUAAGCAUUACUAUACCUUGUUAAAUAGCCACGCGCAGUACAUUUGACACUUUUCUAUUACCCGCUACCUUACCCAGAUACGUAGUACGCGGGCAUCGUUUUAGUAGGAAGCAAAAAUUCGUGCCCUGGAUUAAACCUAACACACGCCAGUAUGCAUACUGCGAUUAUGGAUACAAGUUUGACAAAGCUAAGAUAAAAGGUGCUCGAAGAAACUUCUAACCGUUGUAUUAAGUAGAGUGCGUUAGACAUGGUGCGAGGAACUCUUGAGCGAAAGUGGGACUAACAGACGGUUAAAGUAGACAUAACGGAUUGUAACAAUAUCAUUGUAAAGAAUGAAUUUCCAAAAUCUGCUCGUACUCGUUAUCGUAUUAGUAGAGCUUGCUGGUAUGUUGGAUGCUUACAAGUACCUAAGACGCUACAAAUACUACAGACCAAGACCUCGUUAUAGGCCAAGAUGGCAUCAUCCUGGUAGACCUAAAUAUUAUCCGAGAAGAGAGCCAGGAUAUUAUAAUCCAAGACCUUACUACAGGUAUCCGGCGACUUACGAAAAUCCUGUAGACUACGCGGUGGAGGAACAGCCUUAUACUAUAGAGAUAGAAUUGCCGAAAGGACACGGACAGUCAGGAACAUAUAGCAAUGGAUUUUAUCAUAGGGACUAUAACACGGGCUUGCAGAAUGACUAUAUUGGCGAUGAUGAUUAUUUGGACGAUGACGACGACGACUCCAGGAUUUUUCGCGCGGGAAAAAAGAAAGUACAAAUAAAGGUGGUCAAGGGUGCCAAGCCGAAGCUUCGCAUUAAAAUUGCCCGAGAUGAUAAUCUUACGCAAUUAAAUAUAACGGAAGCGGACAAACUUCUAGGACCCGAAGUAUCGACCAAUCUCAAGGAAAUUGAUGAUCCACUUGAAGAAGAAUGGGUACCGUCAAAUCCGGUUCCAUCAUAUCCUAAAUUUCUUCGCGGUGCCUGAUAAUUCUUCUAUUGCUGCCAUAUUGGAGUUACUCUCAUCCUCAUAUAUAUUUACGUUAUUCUCUCAUGUAUUUUCUGCAAGUCAUUCAUUCGUUAUCAGUUUUCUUGACUGACAGAACUUUCUUUUUAUGCCAUUAGCUCAAUGUCAGUGAGUAUAUAUAUAUAUAGUUUUCUAUAAUAUAUCGAUUAAUUUUCAUAUAGUGUUUCAAUCCUGUCACUACAGAUUGAUUGAAAAUCCAAAUAUAAAUUUCAAGUACCUACUGACCUCAAUCAAGUACACAUGUGUGCAUACGCAGUACAAAAUAUAUCACAGUGGCAUGAACGUGUUACGUAGAAAAUAAAACAAUUCAAAGUACAACGGUCGUUAUAGGCACUUUGAUGAAAGAACAAUAGUUUGCGAUUUAGUUUUAUUUCUAACAUAAUAGUCAACGAACAUAUAAUAGGUAAUAAUAGUAAUAAAUAAUUAUAGUAAUAAUAUACAGCUUUUUUUCUUCUUCUUGUAACAUAUUUCACAACAUCGACAAUCCAUUCGCGGAUUCACACGCAUCUUUACUGCAUUACACCUAUGUAUUUGUCAUACAUAUUUUUCCGUACAUGCAAACACGCACACGCAUAAUAACCACAUACCCCCUCCCUACGCACGCACUAAUCCACUUGAAUUUGUUUACUAUAUUUUUUGGAAAAUCUAUUCCAACGUGUAUUUUCAUUUUCUCGUGGAUUUCAUGCCACGCGUUUUUUUUUUUUGGGGUAGCCAUA